AUGAGGAUGAUUUGCGAGAAGAGGAGCCUGAGCUCGAUCGAGCUGAGGAUCGAGCUGAGGACCAAGCCAAGUGAUGAGAAGUUUGGGAGCCUGAGUGCUAUUACUUUUGAGGAGUAUGAGGCUCCAAGGAUGAACCCCUCUGUUGUGGCUGCCACAAGAGGAUUGGACUUCUCCAAAAGAGUAGAUCACUCCUCACCACAAGGAGGCUCCCUGCCCAAGAGCCUCACAGAGCCUCUUCUUUCGAGCCAAGGAAGAAGGAGAACACACAGAGAAGGAGGAAGAGUUCCAAGGCCAGACGCUCCAACUCGACCACCGGACUCGAUCGAGUCCAAACAGAGGAAACUCAACUCUCGAGCUGAUGGUCGAGUUGACCUGGAGGAGCCCCAGUUCGAGAACCCUGGAUUUGAGUACGAUCAACACCUACCAGGACUUCCCCAGAGCAGAUGGAACCCAUACAACAGUUCGAGCAGCCAGCUCCACCAAGGCCAAGGAGCCACACACACUUCGAGGAUGAAGAAGAGGAGCCGCAAGCUCGAUCGAGUGAGCAGAGUGCGAUGGAGUGCUCCUGAUGGCCGUCUCCCUCUCCAGACCACGACCUUGCUCCCAGUUCUUUGGGGGGCACUGAGGUAUCCAAACACCAACCCUUGUCUUUUGGAGCAUUUGGAGCAUAUGGGACGUGAGGAGCAAGGAAGGACUUGGUGCAUGGACGCAGCUCAACUGGAUACGCAAAGGAAGAAGGAAGAAGCCAUCUUGAAGUCAGCUCGACCGGCCAAGCUUCAACUCGAUCGAGCUGAGAGUCAACAGUCAAACCCGAAAAAUGUUGCUUCCCCCUUGACUUCCCUUUGA